GGUAUUCUUCCUAAUGGACGUCGAAUUGCGGUAAAAAGACUCUCAAAAAGUUCUAAACAAGGUGUUGCUGAGUUCAAGACCGAAGUAUUAUUAAUUGCCAAACUUCAACAUAGAAAUUUAGUAGAAUUCAUUGGUUUUUGUCUUGAAGAAGAAGAAAAGAUACUUAUUUACGAAUAUGUGCCCAACAAGAGUCUUGAUCACUUUUUAUUUGAUCCUCAACCACAUAGAUCAUUAAGUUGGUUUGAAAGAUAUAAAAUUAUUGGAGGUAUUGCACGAGGAAUUGUUUAUUUACAUGAACACUCUCGACUUAAGAUCAUACAUCGUGAUCUUAAACCGAGUAAUGUUCUACUUGAUGAAAAUAUGACUCCAAAAAUUUCAGAUUUUGGCAUUGCUAAAAUUAUUGAAAUAAGUCAAGACCAAGAAAGCACAGAUUUAAUUGUUGGAACAUGUGGUUAUAUGUCUCCAGAAUAUGCAAUGUUUGGACAAUUUUCAGAAAAAUCAGAUGUUUUUAGUUUUGGAGUAAUGGUUUUAGAGAUUAUUACGGGAAGAAAAAAUAUAUAUCCUCCUGAACCACAUCAUAUAGCUGACGGCCUCCUAAGUUAUGUUUGGAAACAAUGGAGGGCUCAAACACCAUUAAGAACCUUUAACUCAAAUAUUAGAGAAAACUAUGCAGAAAUUGAAGUUAUAAAGUGUAUUCAGAUUGGUCUAUUAUGUGUUCAAGAAAGUCCUGAUGUUAGACCAACAAUGGUAACAAUUGUUUCAUAUCUUGAUGGUCAUUUUAGUGAAUUGCCAACUCCACAAAGACCAGCAUUUUUCUUGCACGAAAGAAUGGAUUCCAAAUCUAUUGGGAGGAAAUCUAGUUCUAGAAGAUUUAUGAAUAUUUCUAAGCCAUUAUCAAUCAAUGAAAUGUCUACAAGUGAAUGUUUUCCUCGUUAA